UGUGUCUGUGGCUGUACAGUCAGCCACAUGGCUCUCCUGUGCCCCAGACCCUGCCUCCCUCUGUUGAUCUCAGCCCCUGCUCCAGGUCCCAGUGUGCAACUGCUGCUGUUACUGCUGCUCUUGGUACCUGCCCAUCCCCAGAGCCUAUCCCGGAUGCAGGGGACUCCCUCUAUGGGAGGAGAUUCAUCUGAAGAAGAUGAUCCACUGGGCGAGGAGGACCUGCCCAGUGAAGAAGAUCCACCUGGAGAGGAGGACUCACCUGGAAUGAAGACUGAAACAGAAGAAGACGACUCUCUGAAGAUAGAGGAUCUACCCACUGAGGCUCCCAGGGACACUCAAGUGCCCCAGGACAAUGCUGAAAGGAACAACAAAGGGGACGGACACAAUCAUUGGCGCUAUGGAGGCGGCCCGCCCUGGCCCCAGGUGUCCCCAGCCUGCGCAGACCGCUUCCAGUCCCCCGUAGAUAUCCGCCCGGAGCUCACCGCAUUUUGCCCUGCCCUGCGACCCCUGGAACUCCUUGGCUUUGAGCUCCCGCCACUUCCAAAACUGCGCCUACGCAACAAUGGCCACACUGUGCAGCUGACUCUGCCUCCCGGGCUAGUCAUGGCCCUGGGUCCCGGGCGGGAGUACCGGGCUGUGCAGUUGCAUCUGCACUGGGGGUCUGCCAGUCGCCCAGGCUCGGAACACACCGUUGGCGGCCAGCAUUUCCCUGCUGAGAUCCACGUGGUUCACCUCAGCGCUGCAUUUGCCAAAGUUGACGAGGCCUUGGGGCGCCCAGGAGGCUUGGCCGUGCUGGCUGCCUUUCUGCAGGAAGGCCCAGAAGAAAACAGUGCCUAUGAGCAGUUACUGUCCCAUUUGGAAGAAGUCGUGGAGGAAGACUCAGAGACUUGGGUCCCAGGACUGGAUGUAUCCGCACUGCUGCCCUCCGACCUCAGCCGCUACUUCCGAUAUGAGGGGUCUCUGACCACACCCCCCUGUGCCCAAGGCGUCAUCUGGACUGUGUUCAACCAGACAGUGAGGCUGAGUGCUAAGCAGCUCCACACCCUCUCUGGCUCCCUGUGGGGACCUGAGGACUCUCGGCUACAGCUCAACUUCCGCACCACGAAGCCUUUGAAUGGGCGAAUGAUUGAGGCCUCCUUCCCGGCCGAAGUGCAGCAGACUGUUGAGCCAGGUGCAGCUUUUUCUGGUACCCGAUAUUACCAUGUCCCAGCCACAGGUCUCUCAUCUUCCCAUGUGUCCCCAUUUUUGUGUCACUGGUGGUCACAGCCCCAGCUCUAAGUCUCCUUUUUCUCUUCAGUCCACCUGAAUUCCUGUAUUGCUGCCGGUGAUAUCCUGGCCUUGGUUUUUGGCAUUCUCUUUGCCAUCACUAGUAUUGCCUUCCUUGUGCAAAUGAGAAGGCAGCAAAGGUACGUAUUAUACUGACCCCCUCCCUCAGGCACAGCCCCUGCUCCCU